UACUGUCCUGAAACCAGCAGGAGACGAAAGAAGACGCUUGAAGGAGCUUGAGCUUCUUUCUGAGGGUCAAGAUAAAUCAGAGUUUCUUCUACCUGAGCCACCUCAAUUAGCCAAAGAUAAAUUUUAGUUGGAACCAGAACAUGAUCUGUGCACAUGCCAUGUUGUUGAGAAGGUCUUUUACAUCAAAGGCUGUUCCAGAAGCCCUUUGGAAAUUAGGAAGACUUAACCACAUUGCCAUAGCAACUCCGGAUCUAGCUAAGUCUGCUUCACUCUAUAAGAACAUCCUGGGAGCUAAUAUCUCAGAUCCCCAACCUCUUCCUGAUCAUGGAGUAACAACCAUAUUUGUCAACUUGGGCAACACCAAACUAGAACUUCUUCACCCACUGGGAGAAAAUUCACCCAUUCAGGGAUUCCUGGACAAAAACAAAUCUGGAGGCCUUCAUCACAUUUGUAUUGAAGUUGACAAUAUUCAAAAUGCCAUGAAAGAGGUGAAAGCAAAAGGUAUUCGCUGCCUUACAGAAGAACCGAAAAUUGGGGCCCACAAUAAACCUGUUGUGUUUCUUCACCCAAAGGACUGUGCUGGAGUUCUGGUUGAAUUAGAACAGUCAUAGGCAAGGCAUGAACAUUUUACCUAAGAUGAAGUAAAAUUUGUUUCGGCUUUAUAAUUUGUAAUUGUGCAACUUGGAAUAAGUUGUAUGGAAAAUCGGAGUUUGUAGAAUAAAUGGAAAGACAACUUA